CAGGGGGGUGGAGUCAGUUUUACCUAGCUACUUCUCCAUGACGUCUACACCAGGCAGCAUGCCACGUCCACACAGAUGAUCCAUUAUACUGACCAGAUACUCAAGUGGCCGCUCUAACAAUGACAAUAAAUGUAUUUAAAAAAAAAAUGGAAGGCAGUCGGAAGGAGGCAAGAUCAAGUGGGACCGAUCUAGCCAAUGAGAGGGCAGAUAUACGCGUGAAUUACAGGUAUAGAGUGUUCUAUUCGAUCAAUUAAGCCUCAUGUAUCAAAUAAGCCAUUACAGUUUUUGUUGACGAAAUUCGACACUCUCAUUGACCUCCAUAUAAAAAGUCCUUGCUUGGGGAGGGAACCCCCCAUAAACCCCCCCUGCUAGAGGAGACACAUUUUGGGCCCGGUUUAUCCCUUUCACUUCGACCUCUUCCUCUCUGUCGUCAGCGACCAUUUUGUGUCCAAUUGUUGAUGAUGAAAGGUCAAAGGUCAGGGAUCAUAUCAGGCUAUAGUCUAGUCGACAGAUUCUAGCUGACGCAUAAAACUUCCCCCCCCCUCUGGAGAGGUCAUGACCCCCUUAAGUUAUGAAAUAUAACCUGUCUGGAGAUGAUAAUCCAAAUCUUCCUGGAUGCUACUAAUGUCUCCGCCCCUGUCCCGCCCCCCUGCCCCGCCCCCGUCCCGCCCCCUUAAGUUAUGAAAUAUAACCUGUCUGGAGAUGAUUAUCCAAAUCUUCCUGGAUGCUACUAAUGUCUCCGCCCCUGUCCCGCCCCCCUGCCCCGCCCCCGCCCCCUUAAGUUAUGAAAUAUAACCUGUCUGGAGAUGAUUAUCCAAAUCUUCCUGGAUGCUACUAAUGUCUCCGCCCCCCUGCCACGCCCCCGCCCCGCCCCCUACACAGAUAGCAGCAGCGUUGUGGUGGUAUUUCGUCUCUAAAGGAGUAGAGUACCUGGACACGGUGUUCUUCAUCCUGAGGAAGAAGUUUAACCAGGUCAGCUUCCUACACGUCUACCACCACUGCUCCAUGUUCACCCUCUGGUGGAUCGGCAUCAAGUGGGUCGCUGGCGGACAGUCAUUCUUUGGUGCACACAUGAACGCAGCCAUCCAUGUCCUGAUGUAUCUGUACUAUGGGCUGGCCUCCUUUGGACCCAAGAUCCAGAAGUACCUGUGGUGGAAGAAGUACCUGACUGUCAUCCAGAUG